AUUAAUCCACAUAUGCAGACCCUGGUUGAACCUUUGCAUACCAUAGAGCUGGGAAUGGUGAAGUAUGCCUGGGCUCACACCUGUGAUCAGCUUGCUCCCAAUGUCAAGAAGAAAGAUGAUUGCAUUCUGUGUCACCCUAUCAAAGGCACACCCAUGAGCAUUGUCCUCCAGCAUCUUCAAGGAAUGAACAUGGAAGGAUGGGGCACACUGGAGUUUGAACCAGAGUACAUCUGCCAGUAUUGGGGUGCCCUCAACAGGAAACAUUUCCAUACUUUGGUCCAUUGUAUGCCCUUUGUGCUGUGGGACCUAGUAUCACCAGAUACAUUGGAGCUCUGGGUAAUCCUCGGGCUGGCUUGUGCAAAGAUCUACAAGUAUAACAUCAAAGAUAAACUGAAGCAUGAGGUAAAGUUAAUCCAGGCACUUCUUCAUGCAUUUGCCAGAGCCAAUCCUGACCGCAUGUGUGGAAAAGCAAAACCUCACUUGCUAAUGCACUUGCCAGAUCAUGUACAUCUGUAUGGACCAGUGACACUCUUUACAACUCAGCAAUUUGAACAAUACAACUCAAUAUUUUGGGGGAGCUCUGUGCUCAGCAAUCAUCAAUCCCCCAGUCAACAUAUCACAUCCAGUUCACCCAUCUGGAGCAAGUUCAACACACAGUUACUGGCAGAUGGUUUCAAGAUCAUGAAACUCAGCUUUGGAGACAAGCAUCUCCAAAAGUAUUGGAAGAGAUCUCUAUGCAGGAUCACUGGCUGCAUGCAUUAG